AUGAUCAAACCAAAAGGUCGUCCUGCCACACAAUGCGCCCACUGCCGCGAGGCCCGCAAAAAUAAGUCUCUUCAUGCCCGCUGUAAGUGCUCAGGAGGAGCUGCAGGAAAACAUGCUUCCUCAUGUCCCUGUCAUAUCGAUAAGGACCUCUGCACAUGUUCCAAAAACAAAUCAUCUUCAAGACGAUCAGCCUCUGCAUCCAAAAUACAUCUCACAGCUGCUGCUGCUGCUGCUGCAGUCAAUGCCGUAGGAAGCUCCUCUACAACAAGUACCCAAUCUUCAACAUCAACACCAUCUUCCUCCCAAUCUUCCAGCUUUUGUUGCUCGCAGCAAUCUCAGUCCCAGCCAAUCUCAAUUCCUAUGGCCUCUCAAUCUUCCAUGAUUUCAUCUUCGCCUCCACGCUCUGCUCUUUCUAAAGCUGCCCUAGCUGCCUCAACCGGUGGGUCUCCGGGUGCCAGCGGGUCCUCUUCUGCUGCGGGCUUUGGCGGUGUUCGCAAAAGUUCUUCUCUCCCUAAACAUCACUCUUCAGGACCUUCAGCCUCGCACCAUCACCAUCACCUUACAGUCAAUACUAAGCACUCCUCAAGGUCUCUUAGUAGAAAUGCAGAGGCCCUUGCUUUGACUCCCACUUCACCCAUUCUAAAAUCUUCAGGAGGUUCAUCGGCUUCAUUAGUCGGUCUUGUAACUACUAGUGGUGGUGGCGGUGGCGGUGGCGCAGGAAAUAUUAAUCACAGUAAUAGCAAUGGGCCGUUAAAUCUUAGUAAUUCAUCUUCGUCACCCUCUUCUUCAACCUCCCGAAGAUCCCGUAGAACCGCUGCGGCUUCCAACUCCUCUCCUUCGAUAUCUGCAUCUACCAGUAGUAAUAACAAUACCUCUAAUUCACGAAACAGCGGCUUGCUAGCGGCCAAGCUCGGGUCCUCGGUAUUGUCGUCACCAUGUGAUGGGCCACACCAACUCUCGUCUCCUUCAGCAUCAGAAGACUCACCUCCAAUGUUUAACUUUAAUGCAUCAGCACCCAUAGUAUCUUCAACAACGGCAACAACAUCUUCAUCAUCUUCUUCUUCAUCCGCCGCCGCCGCCGCUCAGGGUCCCACAACAACUAAAGAUGUCCCUUUAUUUUUUAACUUUAUGGGUCAACAAAAUAGUAUAGGUCAAGGUGCUUCUCAACAGCAGCAGCAGCAGCAACAACAACAACAACAACAACAAAUGUAUAGUUCGGCUACUGUGGCAGCAGCAGCAGCGGCAGCAGCAGCAGCCACCAACUCAUCAUCGGCUUUGACUACAGCUGCGCCCUCUGUUCUUGAUGGGUCAGGCACUGUGGCCUCUGGCGAUUUGCUUAACUCACUCGACACGUUGCCUUUGUUUGCCACAUCUCCUGCUUUCCGGCCCUCAGUCAGUUCCGCUUCCGUUCCGAUUAAUACAAACAAUAAUGACCAGUUUUCUGCCAUCAACAAUAACAAUCUACUUUCGAGUUCUUCGGCUUCUCUUGCUCAAGACCUUGGAUUUAGUGGAAGCUAUGUGAGCCUCCCUGGAUUUGUAACGGCAGCUAAUACUGAUGGGUACGUGUCGGAUGUAGACCCCCCGCUUCAAUUUUCGUAUGCGUCGUCACUUUCUUCUUCGGCCGGGGUCGGCAACACCUCCGUUAAUAGCAACCGUCGCUCACUCCAGUCGAAAAGAGGAGGCAGUCGAAAUUCUUCUUCCUCAAACAAUAAACUUGAUAAUGAAAUUUUGGAGCCUUUGAGAGCUCCAUCUCGCAAUACUCAUCGUGCAUACUCCAAGGUCGGCGAGGUCGUUGUCAAGGCAGAGCCAAUGGAUGAUUGGACGCUUUUGUCACCUAAUGAUGACUAUGAAUUGCUCCAGGGUUCCGGGUCGGGCCGAGCUGGACUUUUGGACUUGGUAGAAAAUGCAGGCUGCGGUGGCAGCUCGCCUACAACAUCAUUAUUGGCAACCCGGUUGGGUGCUACCACAAUUGAUUCAUCUACAGAUUUGCCGAAACUUGCCCAGCAAGCUCAACAGCAACAACAGCAGCAGCAGCAGCAGCAACAACAACAACAACAGGUUCAGCAGCAACAACAAUACUCAUCUCCAGGAAAUUUCGAACUGUCGCCGGGCCCAGAUAGCCCUGCGGCUGGACUACCAUUAUAUCCUAUUUUGACUGUCAACCGGCCACCGAAGGAUGUGGAUCUUGCUACAAUUUUAGGUGACAAGCAACAACAGCAGCAGCAACAACAACAGCAGCAGCAGCAGCAGCAGCAGCAAUUAGCUCUGCGUAAGAACAGGUAUGCUACAUCUGCGGCCACUUUGAGUGCUGGCGGUAGUUUGAAUAAUAGCGGUGCUACUGAUAACUUGUCUUCUUCUUCAACUUUGUCGACCCCUGUGACUCCGGAACAAUUGGAUAUUAUGGUUGCGGAGCCUCAAACAUUACAGCCUACUGAUGUGUUUUCAUUUCCGUUUGAUGCGGAUGUUGUAAUGGGUGGUGGGGCGGCCUCUGCAGGGCUGAUUCCUGGGCUUGGAUCGUCUUCAUCAACAGCAACAUCUAUGUAUACGUUUAAACAGGGGAAUAAUAAUGGAUUUCAACAACAACAACAACAGCAGCAGCAGCAACAACAGCAACAGCAACAGCAACAGCAACAACAACAGCAACAGCAAUUGAUUGAAGCAGCAGCUGCAAAUAAUUCGAAUCAAGCAUUUAAUGCAUUUACAGGAUAUGAGGGAUCACUUUCACCAUUGUUCCAGACAGAUGACAUGGAGUAUGAGACAUAUGAUGGAGCAAAUGCAGGAAAUGCCUCUGGAGAUAUUAAUGGAUUGAUAAUGAGUGGGAGUGGUAGUGGAACUGGGUUUGGAAGUGGCAGUGGGAGCAUGUUUUUAAGUAGCACCAGCAACACAUCUGGAGGGUAUAAUGAUAUGUUCCCCCUUGGUCAGAAUGUUUAA